AGGAAAAGUUUGCUAACUUCAAUUGUGGCAACUGAUGAACAUGUAAUCGAUUCAUUAAAAAAACUUACACUAAAAGACGCCAUGUUGCAUUUGCAUAGUGCUUGGCAAAAAAUUACACCGAGAACCUUAUCUAAAUGUUGGUAUCCUGUACUAUCAAAAAAUACAGAUGAAGAUUCCAUCCCAUUAAGCGCACUUAAAAAAAUUUGGAAAGACGAAGAGGCUGAUCAAGUUGUUUCGGAGACUCUGAAUUUACUAAUGGAGGUUCACCAGGCUGAAUAUACGACAAACGAUACCACUGAAUGGAAUAAGGAUGAUGCUGGCAUUAACCUUAAUGAUGAUCCAAAUGAUAAUGCUGUUUCGGAAGAAGAAGACGACUGUCAGGUCAUUGAAGAUCCAAAGCCUAAAAUAAGAUAUUCUAAAGCCAUUGAAGCAUUAAAGCUAUGCAUGUAAUGGGCACAAGAAAACUUUGUUAAUAUUGACGACAUUUUAUGCCUUAAAAAACUUUAUGAAAAAGCUGUAAUUAUAAAUACAAUAUCUAAAACGAAGCAAUUAAAAAUUACUUCUUUUUUUAAAUAAAUUUUGUAGGUAUUUUUUAAUACAUAGGUAUUAUAAAUAAUACAUACUAAGU